AAUAAAAUGUACUCCAUACAUGUGUGCUCUUUUUUGCUCUUCCUCCUUUCUCGUGAUUUUCUACAACAAUUUUUCACCAAUCCCUCAAAAGCCAAAAAUCUCUUCUUAAACAUUUUUGCAUAAUUUCUUCUAAAAAUCUUUAGAAUUUUCAUCCUGUAGCUAGCCAAACCUAUGUGCAUGCAAAUCAAGAACGUAAGAAGAACACAAGGAGGGUUGUAAAAUUAAACCUUCCUUUUUCUUUCUUGCUUUCUUGAUUUUUGUUUAUUCCUCUUCAAGAAUCCUAUUUUAUUGUAUUUUUUUGUUGUUGUUGUAUUUUUGUUUUUUGGGGGUUCUUGAAGGAUUAAUGGCUAGCAUGGAAAAUUGUUAUAACGUGUUGCAUGGCAUGAGGCCACUUUUGCUUAUGGUUAUGGGACAAAUGAUACUUUGCGGAAUGAACAUUAUGUUCAAACUUGCAACUAGCGAUGGGAUGACUUCCAGCAUUUUGAUCUUUUAUCGCUCUCUUUUUGCUUCUGUUUUCAUGGUCCCUUUAGCAUUCUUCAUUGAAAGGGGAAAAAGAGCCAAGCUAACAAAGAUGGUUUUAUUCCAAGCAUUUAUGUGUGGUCUACUUGGGGGAUCAAUAGGCCAGAACAUGUACGUGCAAAGCUUGAUCUACACAUCACCAACUUUUGUCUCAGCCAUGUUUAAUCUCAUUCCUGCCAUGACCUUUAUCGUUGCCAUCAUAUUGAGGUUAGAGAAGUUGGGUUGGAAUUCAUCAGCAGGUAAAGCAAAGGUAUUUGGAACGGUUGUUUGCAUCAGCGGAGCGAUGCUCUUAUCAUUCUACAAAGGUCCAGAGAUAAAUAUGGGGAGAACAAACAUAAACUUGUUGCAUUACAUGAAACAUAAGGGAGAAAGUAAACCUUUACUAGGUGCUUGUCUUGCCGUAGUUGGUUGUACUUGCUAUGCGCUAUUGUUGAUUGUUCAGGCUAAGGCGGCUAAGCGAUAUCCAUGUCCUUACUCAUUCACUGCUCUAUUGAAUGUAAUGGCAGCAGUUCAAUGUUUUGUUGUUGCAGUAGCUCUGGAGAGAGAUUGGAAUCAAUGGAAAUUGGGGUGGAACGUAAGACUUCUUGCUUCAGCCUAUACGGGGAUUUUUGUUUCUGGAGUAAUGUUUACCAUCAUUGCAUGGGUUGUCCGGAUGAAAGGCCCGGUGUAUGUAUCCAUUUUUAACCCUUUGAUGCUUGUGAUGGUGGCAAUUACUGCAUACUUGUUCUUGGGAGAAAAGAUGUUCCUCGGAACCAUCGUUGGAUCAGUUGUGAUAGUGUGUGGACUAUAUUGUGUCUUGUGGGGAAAAGAUAAAGAAAUCAAGAAAGUCAGCCAGUUGGUGCCGGAUAUAGAAGCGAUUGACAUAACAUCAUCUUCGUCGUUUAAAGGCAGUCGCCAAGGUGGCAAAGGCAGUAGCCAUGGUGGUAACAGCAAAUUAAGGGAGGAAAACGACGAACAACAAGAAGAGGAAAAGAGGGAUUCACAAGUUGGUUCUGAAAUAUUAGGAGGUGUUUACAUUUAUCACUAGAAGAAGAUGAAGGACUAUAAUGUAUCAUCAAAAAGUGAUUAAACAAGACGUGUGAUUUUUUGUCAGGCAGUUUAUAAGUUUUGUGUCGAUUAUUAUAUGAUAAGGUAGCUAGAGCCAGCCAUUUUGAUCA